UCAGAGACAUGGCUGCAACUGGCGACGCAGCCGCUGCGAUGGACAGCAUCUCCAGGGCUCCAGCGUCCCAUUUGGUCACCCCGAACCCGGCACCGAGCAGCAGCGUUCCGCCAGACGGCCCAGAGGAUGCCGCAGAGUGUUUACCUGCUGGUCACAGAAAGCCAGGAGCCAACAGCGGUGAUGGUGUGGAGACUGCAGAGGAGGCUGUUGAACCCGCAGAGCCCGAUAUUCAAGAGCUGUGCACUGACAUGUUUGAAAAGAUGGGCAUCUUCCUCCAAGGGGAACUGACAGCCACUUGUGAAGACUAUCGUCUUUUGGAGAACAUGAACAAGCUCACCAGUCUGAAGUACAUGGAAAUGAAGGACAUCAGUAUCAACAUUGGUCGUAACCUGCAAGAUCUCAACAACAAGUAUGCGAGCCUGCAGCCCUACUUGGACCAGAUAAAUCAGAUUGAGGAGCAAGUGUCUGCACUGGAGCAAGCUGCGUACAAACUGGACGCAUACUCAAAGAAACUGGAAGCCAGAUUCAAAAAACUGGAGAAGCGAUGAGGGCGGCGAGGAGGCCGAGUGACACUUAUCCUGCCUUCUCACUUUCUUUCACCCUGCCUUGUCUUUUGCUCUAUCUGCCCUCUGGAGCCAGCAGCUGCAGAGAGGAUGUGAACUGAGACUGAAACAACAAAUACUCGGUCACAUUGACACCAAGAAAUGACAUUGCAGGAAGCAGCUGAGUGCACAUGAAUUAGUGCUGCCCAGCUCGCUGAGAUUGAAUGAGAACUUCUGAUUUUGGCGACAGUCCCACAGUCAAGGUAUACAAUGUAUGCCAGUAUUUUUUUUUUCUCCCCUCCCUGAUCUCCUGCGUCCUGAACUAAAUGACGGUAUACACUAGCCUAUCACCAGUCACAUCCACCUCUGCAGAUUGACAGGUUCCUCAUUCUACAAAGUGCAUAACAUUUAUCUGCACUAUUAAUAAUGUACUUUUGGACAGCAUGCCCAACGAUGUGUGUUUCCAUCUCAUCAAGUCAAGUUUCAGUUAUCGACCUUUCGCCUUCUCACUUAAAAAUUGCACUCUGGAGUGUGCACUGGCGCAAUUUGUGUUUCUUUUUGUCAGGCCAAGGAGACAUUAGCACAAACUAGUUAUCUCAAAGGGGAUCUGGGAGGAUCAAAGCUAGAGCAGCUGAUAGACGCGUUUUCAAAAGAUUGAGUUAACUUCGCCUUGUUUGAAGAGAAAAUCAUUUGGUUUGAAUACAUUGUUGUAUGUUUACCUGAGUUUACUGAAAUAAAUCAUUGUGUGUAUAA